AUAUACUCUACGUAAGGUUUACAAUGCUAAGCUAUGUGUUUGAAUUGGUUUAGAAAGUUUAUGAUAUUUUUAACUGAAGAAAUAUUAUCUAGUAUCCGCUUGAAAGUUUAUUCAGAUUUCAUAGACAUUAUAUUAUUAUUUGUGUCAUCAAAGUCACACUCGAGUAAAUUUCAGUUAUCGAUCUUAACGAGUGUCUAUAAGCAUAGUUAAUAUUUUGUUGUCGACUGCUGUUGAGAUUGUGUUGUAUAUUAUUGACCAGUAGGCCCAAUUAAGGCCUUGAAAUAUUCACACUUUUUAAUAUAAUUGAUUUUAGUUUCCUAAAAAAUAAGUUUUUAAAUAUUAUGUCGGAAUACUUUAGUGAAUACCAUUUUCAAGUUGGUGAAACUGUUAUUGGUCUAUUUAACUUUAAAAAGAUUGAAGAUGAAGACUUAACAUUUAAAAUGGGUGAAAAAUUAACAAUUAUCUCAUUAACCCACGAUAAGAACUGGUAUAAAGCAAGAAAUUUGAAGGGGAACACUGGAAUGGUGCCAGCCAACUACAUAAAAAGUGAAACGAUUAAAAACUUUUACAAAUCAAAAUCCGCAAAAAAAUACGCUUUCGAAGACUGUUAUCAUCCCCAAACAUCAAGAGAUAAAGCUAUUCAAAUACUUAAGAAAUUCUCAACUGGGGCUUAUCUGAUUCGAGAUAGUCAUCAUUUUCCCAACGAUUAUACCUUAUGCAUAGCAGUAUCGGAUUAUAACUUUAGAGUAGAGAAUUAUAGAAUCAUUAGAGAAAAUGGAAGUCUUACAAUAGAUGAAGUAAUUUAUUUUCGUUCAGAAUCUGAUUUAAUCGAGUACUACAGCACAAUGGAAAAUCAUGGACUAGUUGCGACUCUAAACCAGGCAGUUAAACCAAUUGAAUCGCAACCUUAAGUUUCUAUGAUACUAAACAACCUAUGACAAAUUUUACAUGUUUGCUUAAUGUACUUUUUGCUUAUGAAGCUUUAAGGACCUUGAGUGCAUUUGUAAUACCUUAACUGUAUUAUUUGCUUUUAAUAAUACAUUUCAAUGAACAUUUUGUUGAGUAUAUAAA